AUGAAUUAUUAUUUUCAGAAAAAUCGGAAGGAGCUUUCCGGUUUCCGUAAUCUGUUUGCGAGAUUUCUGCGAGUCAAACCUCAUGUGGAUUGGACUAAAAUUGAACCUUUACCCGAAGGAGCUAUCAGAACUUAUAAACAUUUGGAGCAUCCUAACAGUGACGAUGUGAUUGCAUCUAUGCUAAAUAAAUUGGUGGUAGUGAAACUUAACGGAGGAUUGGGUACAUCGAUGGGUUGCAAAGGUCCCAAAUCGGUGAUUCCCGUACGAAAUGAGCUCACAUUCCUCGACUUGACACUACAGCAAAUCCAGACCCUGAACAAGACUUACAAUGUUGAUGUCCCUCUAGUUUUAAUGAACUCAUUUAAUACAGAGGAGGAUACUAAGAAAGUGCUAAAGAAAUACGCUAAUGUCAAGGUAUCCGUCUACACAUUCUGUCAGUCUCAAUAUCCUCGUGUUAAUCGUGAGACCUUGAUGCCGAUCGCGAAAACCCUGCACGAUUCCGAUUUGGAAUGGUAG